AUGAAGGCCUUCACACUCCUUGCCUUGGUGGCCCCGACAUUCGCUGAGGAACUCCUUGCUCGCGGAGGAGGUGGUGGUGAUUGGGGUUAUGGCGAUAAGACGACCAAGGUCACUUAUACUACGACCACCGUCUGCCCUGUCACUGAGACAAUAACUGACCACGGAACUACCAAUGUGCACACAUACUGGACCACCUCCACGCAGACUAUCACAAGCUGCCCCGGGGGGGAAUGUGGCGCUGUGGUCACUGUACCUGGUCCAACUGAAUACACCACCACUACUGAUGUUGAGAUCACGUACACCACUGUCUGCCCAGUUACGGAGACAGUCACCGGCCCUGGAACGACAUACACAAAAACAUAUGAAACCACCUCAGUCGUGAAGACGAUUGUGCCAACCACCUACUAUGAGACGAUUCCAGGACCUACGCACUACGAGACAACAGGCGUUGUGGAUUAUACGACCAUCACCUCAUACUGCCCAGUUACGGAGACCAAGACGGAAGGUGGAAGCACCUACACCGUUACAUGGACGUCGACGUCGACUAUUGUGACUCAGGUCCCUACCAAGGUUACCGAGACGGAGCAUCUGCCAGACACAACCAAAACAGCCGAGGUGACUGAUUACACCACCAUCACCUCGCUCUGCCCUUACACGGAGACCGUGACCAAGGGCGGCAGCACCUACACAACCGUCAAGACCAGCACCGAGACCAUUACCACAAAGGUGCCAACCACCAUCCACGAGACUGCUUACACUACCUCCCUGACCACUGCUUACGAAACCACGGACGUGGUUGUGACUGUCACCCACCCAGAGUACUCUUACACGACAGUGGUUGAGGGAUCCACUACAAUUGUCACCAAGACCGGCACCAAGUAUGUAUCUGUAACACAAGUUCACACAACUACAGAGGUCAUUGCCGUAACCCAAACCAAACACGUGGAUACAACCAUUGAGACCACCGUGGGCUCCGGAGAGACCGUCUCGCAGUACACUACCUACCUGGUGACCCAGAACGGCACUGUCUACUCGACACGUUCGCUGCAGCCGACCACGGUCCAGAUCCCGACCACCGCCACAACAUCCAACUUGGUGACAGCACCAACCACGGCAGCAACCUCAGCGCCGGUCGUGACAGCCGGUGCGAACUCCCAGAAUGGCCCAGCCGCGGCCCUCUUUGCUGGUGUCAUUGGACUUGUGGCGCUCUUCUGA